AUGAUGAUGAUAAUGAAGCGUUCAGCACCCUCGACGGUAAUCACCACGCAAAGUCCAAAGAAAAGAUCAGCUACUGCUUCAGGACCCAAGUAUGAGGAAAUCAAAAUUGUGAUGUACAACCCCACUACGGGUAAAAGCAAUGUGGAAAAGUCUGCGUCCGCCCAUCCACUUACACUCGCACCAGCCAAAGCCAAAGCCAAAGCCAAAGCCAAAGCCAAAGCCAAAGCUCAGCCCGCCCAGCAACGCAUACGAGGAGCAUGGGGUCUGGAAAGAGAAGUGGCACUGAUGCAAGCCUAUAGCAUCCAUAAACCAUUUGCUGCUACAGGUGCACAGACAAUAAAAGCCUGGGAGGAUGUCCAAGAGGCCGUAAACACGAUCGACUUUGGACGCAGGAACCCGUUAGCUAUAAAAAGCAUCAAGCGGAAGAAGAAUGAACUAUUCAAACGCUUUCGACCAGCCUUUGAACAGCACCAUGAUAAAGAAAUUUCGGCUGAAAAUACCACGAUUCAAGAUACACUUGAAAAAGUACUAUAUACUGCAAUGAAAGAUGAACAAGACAGCCAACUAAUACGGACAGCUGAAGAUCAGUCAGCCUUAGUCAAAAGAAAGAACAAAAAAGAUAAAACCAAAGUUCAGCGAUUAUCCGAUCUUUGUGUAGAUAGCCUAAGCGCCAGUCACGAUGCAUUUGAUUCUGAACCUUCAGACACUACCGAAGACACACUUGCACAAAACGAUAACCUAACAGGUGGAAUAACUUCUCGGCUAUUGGAACACCAACAUCGUGUCAUAGAAAGACAAGGAGUUGCACAAAAUCUCCUACUAGCUUCACUCAAACAGUUUACUGAGUCAAAUCUAUCACUUGUCAACUCUCUUUCAUCAAUAGCUGCUUCUCUUUCAAUUCUUGUUGAAUAUUCUACAAGUGCUUUUCAAAGUUCCAUGACUUUUGUUACAGACAAGUUAUUGAGAAUUGCUUAA